AUGGCGCACGGCAUCUCGGAUACCGAGUGUAAAAAGGAAUAUUUUGAUUCACAAUCAGAACUCGAUGCCAAGUUAGAUCAAUUGGCUCAAUGGAUAAAAGAAAGUCGACAUUUGAUCGUAUUCACAGGUGCCGGAGUAUCCACAUCAACUGGAAUUCCGGAUUUUCGCAGUGCAAUGGACACUGUAUUACCCACGGGACCUGGUGCGUGGGAAUUACGUGAUAAUAAAACGUCUCGAUCGAAGAAGGCAGUAGUCAUUGACGACAUGCAAAAAGCAAUUCCAUCGCCUUCUCACAUGGCUCUCGUCGAAUUACAACGUCGUGGCAUUCUCAAAUGUUUAAUAUCGCAAAAUUGCGAUGGUCUACAUUUGCGCAGCGGCAUGAAUCCAGCUCAUCUAGCCGAAUUACAUGGCAAUAUGAAUUUGGAAAUAUGUAAAAAAUGCAAAGCUAGAUAUUUACGAGAUUUUGAUACGGACACUGGUCGUUUAAAUCAUUCGACUGGCCGUCGAUGUGACAAACCUGAAUGUCGUGGUCAAUUGAGAGAUUCAAUUAUUAAUUUUGGCGAAAAUUUACCAGAAGACGAACUGAACAAAGCCUUUGAUCAUGCAGAAAAAGCCGAUGUGUGUCUCGUUCUCGGCAGUAGUUUGACUGUCACACCGGCAGCUGAUAUUCCACGUCGAGUGGCAAAACGAAAGAAAAAAUUGAUCAUUGGUAAUCUCCAACGCACUCCACUGUAUAACCGUGCGACAAUGAAUAUUCAUGCAUUCAGCGAUACAAUCAUGCAGGGCUUGAUGGAACGACUAAACAUAUCAAUUCCGCCAUGGAUUCUUCGACGACGUGUUCUUGUGACAUGUCAAAACGACAGUGAUAAACAUAAAACUACGAUCACCAUCGAAGGUCGUGAUCCUGACAAUGCUGAAAUUCCAUUUACACUCUUCGAAUCGAUUCAAGUGAUUAUUGGUGAUCGAGCAAAAGAAGAAUUCACUCGAGAACCAUUUGUCUUUGAAGUGUCCGACAAAAACGUUCAUCCGAUCACUGUUCGACUCAAUUUCUUCGGUCAUUACAAUGAAAUUCCAUUCGAACUUUAUUAUGUCAAUGUGAAAAAUAUUCCAAAAGAAGAACAAUUCUACUUAUUCUACAACCCGUUGAAGGGUGAAUGGCAUAAAACGACUGACGAGAGUGAUUUGCCCGUUUGA